UUUCAGAUGUUGGUAAUUCUAUGAGUGGACUAAACUCGUCUUCCGGUGAGAUUCGCGUGUUCAUUUGGUUUCAGUCUUUUUCCGGUAGGAUAGCAAGAUGACGGGCUUCAGCGAAAAGCCAAUAUUAAUAGAUGGCCGUGGCCAUUUACUUGGACGUUUGGCAGCAAUUAUUGCCAAGACUAUUCUGGAAGGCAACAAAGUUAUUGUUGUACGAAGUGAACAAUUAAACAUUUCUGGUAACUUCUUCAGAAAUAAAUUAAAGUUUAUGUCUUUUCUACGAAAGAGAUGUAAUGUCAAUCCAGCUCGUGGGCCAUUCCAUUUCCGUGCUCCCAGCAAAAUUCUGUGGAAAACUGUUCGUGGAAUGAUCCCACACAAGACCCAGAGAGGAAAGGACGCCCUUAGGAGAUUGAAAGUUUACGAAGGAUGUCCACCACCAUACGACCGAAGAAAACGUGUUGUCGUACCUGGUGCCAUGAGAGUAAUGUGUCUUAAACCAGGUAGAAAGUAUUGCCAUGUAGGCAGACUGUCUCAUGAAGUUGGAUGGAAGUACAAAGCUGUGGUUCGUACUUUAGAAAACAAAAGACGCGUCAGGUCUAUUUGGAAAUUU